UGUUCCUUUUUUGUGUUUGUUUGUUUUGUGUGUUUGUCCUUUCUGUGUUUCUUUUCCCCUCCCACGUUUGUUUUCCACGCGAAAAUCCUUUCCCCGGGGGCCCCAUGCCGACGAUUAGGAGUGUGCCGUGCGCCGUCGCUCGUUUCCCCGCCACCAGUCGUCACCCCGCCCCGUGCCCCACCCAGAGACAACCGGUCGGUUUGUGAUUUCGUCUUCAGCAGCAGCCGCGGGUGGCGGGUGAAGCCAGAAGUGGUUCGUGGCAGGAAGAGAGGAAGGGGAGGGGGUGAAGAGAAAGAGCGGAGAGCACAUCCCUAACCCAGUGUAGUGCGCGGCAAGUGGUGCGAUGGAGCAUGUAUGUGCGGGGUGAGAAAAAAGGAAAAAGCGAAGUAAAAUGUGUGCGUACCCCAGUGAUGGUGGCCGUUUUCCUCGUGUGUAGUGUAAUUUGUGGUGCUGGCGGUGCGCGCUUAAGCGGAAACGACCAGAAAGAAGAAGAAAAAACUACCCGUCGUGCAAAUGUGUGGUAGAGCGGAAGCAGAAGCAGCGCGUCCGAUGCGGCGAGAGUCCGAACGUGUGUGUAGUGCGUGGAAUUUGACGGUAUCAAUCAUGCAUCCUUCAAGCAACCGCCCGAGCCUGCAAUAAACACAUCGUUCCCGCACCCACACACACGCACACCAACGCACACGCACGCCGGCUCCUCGUUCCAGCCGUCGCGCCGCAUCAAUCCACUUUUGAAGAAGAAUAGACGAACCAGCAGCAGGGGUAGGGUCAGAGAAAGCAGGAACGAGGAUCAAAAAGGAUUCAUAGUCACGGAAGCGGCGUCGACACACGAGGCGCGGGGACCAGGGGAAACCCCGAUCGUGGUGGGGGGGAGGGGGUGAGAAAAACAAGGAAGAAGCGAAGGAAGAGAAAGAAGAAACAGCAGCAGCAGCAGGGAUACACCGCGGCACAAGGAAGAGGAAAGGAUCCUCGUCGUCGUCACACGCGUGUCACUCUCUUGGUGUUGUUCCCCCUCACACCACCCGCAGCCCCCACUCCUCUCGUGUAACGCCGUGACUACUUCUAUCAAAAAAAAAAAUCUCGUGAAAGAGUGAACAAACGAUGGCCGAUCAUAUGGAGGAACCGCCGAUGAAACGGGCGAAGGUCCGUGAUGUCUCUUCAGAAGUUAUCCCAACCACGUUCGAUCAGAUGCUGGACCUGGAGAACCAUCUGCCGGACGAGCUGAUGGGUGACAAUGCGUGGGUUGAUUCACUCAGCGGUGGCAACAAACCACCCGGUCCCGGUCCCGGUUCGCAGAUGAACGGGGACGAUCCGGGCGGGGGAAGUUCCAACCUCUCCCAGGUGUCGCAGCUCGUCCUGCAGCGCCAGCAGAUGCAACAGCAACAGCAGCAGCAGCAGCAACAGCAGCAAAUCCAGCAGCAACAGCAGCAACAUUUGCAUCAUCUUAUGCAGCAACAACAGCAACAGCAGCAGCAACAGCAACAGACCAACAAAGCCAUGCCCGGACAAUCGAUGCUGGCAAUGGGGCCACUUGGCGGCAAAAGCCCAGGAAUGCUUGCACCAAUGAACCAGACGAUGGGCAACAACGUGGUGGUGAAUGCGAUGACCGGUGGCGGGAUGCUCGGCAUGGGCAGCGGCAUUGGUCCGGCCAACCCGAACGGUGCGGCUGGCGGUGGUGGUCCCGUCAUGGGCAACAGCAUGGGCUUAAGCGGAGGCGUCAUGUCCGGCGGUGGGUUGGUGCUGAACAGCGGCAACGUGCGGCAAAGCAACGCAAACCCCGCCGGUGGUCCGAUGAUGCAUCAACUCGUACCACCACCGAACGCGAUUGGCCAACAGAACGGACCGAUGGGUGCGGGCAAUCCGCGGCUCGGCAAUCCCGGCUUGAUGCCACGAACGACGGGCCACAUGAAUCCCGGCUUGCGGCAGCUGGUGCAGCAGGGCCACGCGGUUGGCUCCCCGAUGGUGGGCCAGAUGGGUGGUGGAGGUGCGGCAGGCAGUGGCCAGUUUGUUGUCGGGUACCAGCAACAGAAUGUGCUGAGUGCGGCCACGGCAGGAGGGUUGACGCAGGUGCGAGCCGCUUCACCCGUGCUCGUUAAUCGCCAGCCUCCGAAUGCUGCUGGACCGGGUUCACGGCUUCCGAGCCCACUUGUCACCGGUGUGGCCAUUGGACCACCGGGAGGUGGUGUUGCGGGUGGUGGCGGUGGUGGUGGUGGCGGUGGCGGGGUUUCGAUGAACAUGAUGGGUUCCGAUGGUAGCGUUGGUCAGCCUUCAUCCGGCCAGGGUAACAACCCGGCUGGUGUGGUCACUUUGCAACAACAACAGCAGCAGCAGCAUGGUGGACCGGGACCGAAUGCACCCCAAAUAAGGCCACUCGUGUCUUCGUCGGUAGCAGCAGCCGCUGGACAGCAGAACCAAGCAAUCAACCAGAUGAACGUACCGGGAGCGCCAAGUGCACCGAGUGCCGCAGGAACUGCGUCCAACACGAUGAACAGCAGCUCCGGCAGCAACCAGCUGCUGGCUGAUCCGGAGAAGCGGAAGCUGAUUCAGCAGCAGCUCGUGUUGCUGCUGCACGCGCACAAGUGCCAGCGGCGAGAGGCGGAAAACCCGAGCACCAACAACUGCACGCUGGCGCAUUGCCGCACGAUGAAGGAGGUGCUGACGCACAUGCAAUCCUGCCAGUUGGGCAAAAAUUGCCCCAAAACGCACUGCUCCUCGUCGCGCCAAAUCAUUAACCACUGGAAGAACUGCCAGCGGCAGGAUUGUCCCGUCUGCUUGCCGCUCCGUGAUACGAACAAGCUAAAGCAGCAGCAAGCGUCGCAACAGCAGCAACAGCAACAGCAGCAGCAGCAACAACAACAACAGCAACAACAACAGCAGCAGCAAUCUCAGCAAUCUCAAAUUCAACAAUCUCACCAGCAACAUCAUCCACAGCAGCAGCAAAUGCAACAGCAACCGCAGCAGCAACAGCUUCAUAUGCAACAAGAACCGCAUCAGCAGCUGCAGCAGCAACUGCAACAGCACAUAGCUCAGCAGCAGGAAGCGAUGCAGCAGCAACAGCAGCAGCAGCAGUUGCCUCAAAAACAGCAGCAGCUGCUUAUGCAGCAACAGGACCAACAGCAAAAGUCUAUGGAGCUGAAGCAGCAACAGCAACAGCAGCAAAUGCAAAAAUCCCAAUCCCAAAUGAUGCUAUCCGUAAAGGAUCAGCAGCAGCUGUUGCAGAAACACGCGCAACUGCAGGCGUCACAGCAAAUACAGCACAACAUGCUGCAGCAGCAUAAAAAGUUGAUGAUGAAGCAAGAGCAGAUGUAUCAGAAAACGUACUCGCAACAGCAGAUCCAACAGCAGCAGCAGUUGCAGCAACACCAACAACAACAACAAUCACCUCAGAUGAUGCAACAACAGUCUCCCCAACUACAAGUGCACCAAGCGCAGCUACAGCAACAACAGCAGCAGCAGCAAGUUAUGUCGCAGCAGCAGCAACAGCAGCAGCUUAUGUUGCAACAACAGCAGCAACAGCAACAGCAGCAGCAACAGCAACAGCAACAGCAGGAUGAAAAAUCGCCCUUACUUGCCCAACGGCAGGUAACGCAGGCGCAACACCAACAGCAACAAAUAUCACCCAUGUCUCAGCCCCAGCUGCAAGGAGGUCAAGGUACAUCUCAACUUGUGCCACAGCCCCACUCACAGUCGCCUCAGCAGCAGCAGCAGCAGCAAAAUCAGCUAGCGUCCCAGCAGGAGCAUAAGAAAAUUAUGCAAGUCGCGGUGGACGUUGGAGGAGUAGGACGCGUCGGUUCUACCUCGAUUACGUCAGCAUUACUGCAACAUCAGAAGCUAGAGUUGGAGCAGAAGAAAGAGCAGCUGCAGCAGCAACAGCAGCACCAGCAGCAGGUUGAGCAGGCGAAAACCGAUCCAACCCAGCAGCAGCUGGAUCUGCAGCCGCAGGAGCAGCAUAACGAUCUAGCGGACAAGCAGCAGCAAACGCUGGUGCCGAUGCUGCAGCCAGCGGAUCAAUCCGAUGGUGAUCAUACACGAAAGCAAGAAACGGGAAGUGCAAUAAGUCAGCAGGACGGUGCUGACACAUCCUCAUCAGUAUUGUUAAUCAAGCAAGACGACCACGUGAAGUCGCAGGACGCAAGUGCAAACAUGCAGGACCAGCUGCCAUCGCAGCUGGACAUUAGCAAACAAAAGCCGGAUCAGCGGCAGCAAGAGCUGCCGAUGCAAAAGGAGCUACAGCAGGAGAAGGACGGCAACCGCGAGAUGAGCGACCAGCAGAAGGGCCAGGAGCUGGGCGAUCAUGGGGAGUUUCAGGAUAAAUCGAAAUCUUCGGAGCUGCUGGACGCGCACGACAAGAAUCAGGACAGUAAGGAUGGGUCCGCGCAUUCGCUGCCGAACCACGAUGGGUUGAAGAAGGAUAGCGCGGACGAUGACAACCACGAUAAGUCUGAGAAAGCCGACCACAAGGAGGGUGAGCAUAAGCGUUCGCCAUUGCACGGUGAUAAAGCGCCCGAUUCGGUGGGGCAGGCUGACAAGCUGGACAAGAGCGAGCUGCUAAAGCCGGGCCAGGAGCACAAGGAUCAUCAAGCGCAAGACGGUGGAGAGCAACAUCAUGACAAGCUGGACAAGCAGGAGCUAUCGAAGAUGGACGAUCUGGGCCAGGAGGGACAGUCGGAGCAGAAGGACAACGCAGACGGUUCCAGUCUGUCCGAGCAACAUGACAGAAAAGAGUCGGUAGAGGAACGCGGAAAAGCGCACGAGGCUGGCAUGAGUAUAGAGCAAAAGGAUCAAGCUGCGGUGAAGCAGGAAAAGGCGUGCGCGGUUGAUGGGAUGGAUCACGAGAUGCAGCCGGAUUCGACGGAAAAGCUUGGCCUGGAGAAGCAAUCGGGUAGUGAGGGCUCAUCGGGUCAAUCCGAGCAUACCGGUGGUGGGUCGGAACUGGGGGAGAAAAAGUCACAAUUACUGGAGCUGCACGAGCAGCAAACCGCCGGUGUGGGUGAAGGCGAUAAGCUGGAUGGGCAUGAGCAGCAAAAGGACACCGGUGGUGUGAGUGGUCGUUCGCAGCAGGAGCAAAAGCUGAUCAAGCUCGAGGAUAUGCACGAUUCGCAGGGUCAUCAGAAAUCCUCACUGCCAUCUAGCUAUCAGCAAGAUGGGCAGGAUGAUGCUGGCAAGCUGCUGAAAUCGGACGUUAAGGUGAAACUGGAGUCAGGCGGAAGUGAGGACGCAAGCGGUACCGACCAAACGAAGGGCAACGAGCUGGGUGAGGAUGGGCAGAAAAAGCUGGACGUCGGAGGGCAGGAUCAGCAGCAAUCGUCGGAUGGACAGCAGAGUCAGGACAAACCAGGCGAUCAGGGCGUCGAGCACAUGGACGUUGAUCCGGACUCGUCGGUUUCGAUGGAUCAAAGCAAACCACCCGGCAGCGUGGCACAGCAGCAGUUGCGGGGUGACGAGAGCGAAACGUCCUCACUGGCCAAAGCGUUGCAGGAUCAGGAUCACGAGCUGAAGGACGUGUCCGGCAACAGUCUCGUGGCUCAACUGCAAGAGCAGGAGCAGAAGGAAAAGCAAUCUCCCUCGCCCCAGCAGCGGCAACUGCAGCUGGAGCAAUCGAAGCAGCAAGACCUGCAGAAACCUCACACACCACUAACACCGCAAGCAUCACUCGCAUCACCGCAGCAGCAUCAGCAGCAGGCUCAGCAACAAUCCAAAUUGAAUCUACAGCAGCAGCAGCAGAAGAUGCAGCAACAGCAACUCCAGCAGCAGCAGCAGCUUCAGCAGCAACAACUGCCGUCUCAGCAGCAGAUGCAAAUGUUGCAGCAAAAGCAGCAACAACCUCAACAACAGCUACUGCUGCUGCAACAGCUGCAGCAACAGCAGCAACAACAACAGUCUGACGGUCAGCUACAGCAUCAGCAGAAGCAGCAAUCGGAUGUUUCCGACCAGCACGAUCCGUUCCUGUCGGGUCAGUCAACUCCGCAGGCUUCACCACUGACGAAUGCGGGACAACAGGCUGGAAGCCACCUGAAGGGGCUCUUACCUCAAUCGGUCGUCGGCAGCCAAGAUCAAGCAGCACAAGAUGGCAGCUCGCAGCAGGUGUUGCUGCAGCAAAACACCCCGUCGACGGGUUCGGUUGACGGCACGGGUGUUGUUGGCAAUCGACCAUUCAACCAGCAGCUGGUGAACAACAUGCAGCAGCAAUGUGCUUCUUCCUCGCCCCUGCAGGGCGGCCUCAGUGGUACAACGCAAGUAGGCCUUGGCAACCAGACCAACCUUGGUGGUCCGCAGCAAGCGAAUCAGCUAAACAUCCGCAACAUGCCACUCCCGGGCCAGCAGCAGUGCAACACCGUGCGGUUGAUGAUGCCACCGAAUCAGCUCGUGCCUGGCAACAUGCUGCAGCAGCAACAGCAGCAAAACGCCAACGAUGGUAACGCGUGCGGCAUGCUCUCCGGCAACGGAGGCAACACCGUGCUGUCGGUGGCCUCCCAGAACAGCAGUAGUACAAAUCCCUCCGUUACUGUCAACCAAACGAUGCAAGGGACCGUGCAGCAGCAGCAGCAAUCCCAGACGAACCCCUCCAUCAUUCCAAUAGCGACGAGCAACAAUCAGAUGCUGUUCAGCCCCGACAGCCAGAUGACGACGGGUGCAGGUGUUGGUAUGGCUGCCACCACGCUAACGAACAGUGCGGUUUGCAGCACAACCGGCCUGCAAACGAUGACCUCCCAGUCGAUGCCCAUCAUGAACACGAGCGUGCUGGGCGGCACGAGUGGUCCGGGCACCAGCAGUUUCUCCAGCGCCGGAACAACCGGCAACAACGGCAACACGAGCAGCAGCAACGCCUCGAUGGUGGCAGUGCCGGUGCAAGGUACGAAGGACUGGCAUCACUCGGUUACGCCCGACCUACGCAACCACCUCGUGCACAAGCUGGUGCAGGCGAUCUUUCCCUCACCCGAUCCGUCCGCGAUGUUCGACAAGCGUAUGUACAACCUGGUCGCGUACGCGAAGAAGGUCGAGGGCGAUAUGUACGAGAUGGCAAACUCCCGCUCGGAGUACUACCACCUGCUGGCGGAGAAGAUCUACAAGAUCCAGAAGGAGCUGGAGGAGAAACGGCAGAAGCGCAAAGAGCAGCAGAUGCAGCUGCAGCAGCAACAGCAACAGCAGCACCAGCAGCUUCAGCAGCAGCAGCUCGGCGGAGGAACCGGUCAGGUUGGUCCGAAUGCGGGUCAGAUUCGUCCGCUCAAUCACAACCAUCAGCAGCAGCAACAGCAGCAGGUGAACCUGCUUGGUGGAGUAACGGCUGGGAAUGCUACGACGAUACAGCAAAUGCAAGCCCGCCAGCAGCAGUUGGUUGGUGGUAGCGGUGGGUUGAUGAGUCAAGCUCAAAACAGUCUCGGUGGGCAGCUUCCCCCCAACAGCCGGUUGGGUGUGAACAGCCAGCAGCAACAGCAGCAGGGUCCGGGACAGGCGCAGCAAAUAUUCGUUUCACAGCCCGGUCCAAGUCCGAACGGGAAUCUUGUUCAUGGUGGCGUGGCGUCGGUUGUAACCGGCGCUGGUGGCACUGUCCUGCCCGGUGGCCUUUCACCCUUCGGUCAGCAACAGCAGCAGGGUAACGCGCAGCUAAACAACCACACGCAGGGUAUGGUGGGUGUGCCCCAACCACAACCAUCGCCACAGGUUGUGAAUCAAGCGUUCAUGAACGGGCCCACGAUGAUGGACAGUUCGUCGCAGUUGCAGCAGUUCAACGAUAUCGUGCGUGCCAAAUGCGCCAACCUUAGCGGUGGUGGUGGUGGAGUUGGUGUCGGUGUUGGUGUUGAUGGCACUCAGCAGCAGCAACAGCAGCUCGGUCAACUUUCGGGCGCUCUCGGAAAUCAAACGAUGGCGCAGGGUAUGCGGACCGCUUUCGGUGCUGGAGGUGUUGGUGUCGUCAACAACACGGGUCAGCAGCAACAAGGCUCGAAUCAAGCUGGCAACCCGACCGCGGGUGCUUCCGGAGCGAACGCAGGUGGCAUGUUCGUGAAUUCGAUGAACACGAGUGGCUUCAAGAUCCUGGGUGGUGGCAAGGCGCAAGCUCAGCGCAACAUUGGCAUGCUAUCGACGAGCAUGGGCAGUGGUGGUGCCGGAACCGGUGGUGCCGGUGGAGGGCUUGUCGGGAGCAGCAAUGAUAUGCUGGUCGGAAGUCCUUACGGUGCUGUGGGCGGUAUUGGACCCAAUACCGGCACGGUGUCGACCUCGAACGGACCUAUGCUGCCUUCGCCGGCGGCCAACACACCAAACAGUAUUGUUCCGCUGCUUCUGACGCCCUCCGAAGCUUCCUCAACGAUGGUUGGCGUUGGUGGCGGUGUGGCUGACUCUCAGCAGCUCGGUGGACCUUCGUCCAGUGGUUCGUCGAGCCUUCCGGGUGUGGUCGGCUCGAGCCUGCUACCACCGGGAGCCUUGGGAGGAGCGCUAUCAGGUGGUCCAACCCAUUCGUCGGUUGUUUCCGGGCAUAACGUAGCGCUCUCGCUGAACGGAUCCACCUCAACAACGACGACGGCAUCCGCCACAGCCGUACCCGUCUCCUCAACGGCACUUAGCAACGCAACCAGCGCGGUGGGAGUCGGUUCCAGCGCAGGAGUUCUUGCGGGUACGAGUGGUCUAAAUGCAGCGGCCAACGGUAACAUCGGAAGCGCACCGGUAGUGGCCGGUACGAGUGCCGGUUCCGCCAGCCGCAUGACAUCGUCAUCCUCGUUCAGCUCGCAAAUGGCCGCCCUUGAGGCGGCGAUGGCUCGCGACAAAGAAGACUCACCGGAACCGGGUAGCACGAAGGAUAGCGGUGGUGGCAGUGGCGGUGGUUGUGGUAGCAAGAACAAUAAAGGGAAGUUUGAGAUGAAGCGCGAAGAUGACAUCAAAUCCGACCCGGAAAGCAACCCGAUGGACACGUCCGGCGGGGGUAGCGAGAGUGGUGGCAAGAACGUGAACAACGACUGCAUCAACAUGAUGGCGCACGACAUGAAGGCGGAUAUGUUGGAUGGUUCCGAUGGUGGUAGCAGCAGCGGUAGUGGCAGUGGCAAGAACAAGCUGGAUGUGGGCAAGUUUAAGGUGGACGUGGAACAGCGUGCGGGAAGUCCCAAGACGAAGGCCGUCAAAUCCGACCUCAAAGCCGGUGUCUACCCCGAACCGACCAUACAGACGAACGCCAGUGACAACAAGAAGAAGUGCUCGUUCAAACCCGAAGAACUGCGGGAGGCGUUGAUACCGACACUCGAGAAGCUGGUGGCGCAGGAACCGGAAUCGAUACCCUUCCGGAUGCCGGUCGAUCCGAAUUCGCUCGGCAUACCGGAUUAUUUCGACAUCGUCCGGCAACCGAUGGACCUGAGCACGAUCCGGAAGAAGCUCGAAAGUGGACAGUAUCAAGAUCCGCGCGAGUACGUCGACGACGUGUGGUUGAUGUUCGACAAUGCGUGGUUGUACAACCGGAAGACGUCACGUGUCUACCGAUACUGCACCAAGCUGUCGGAGGUGUUCGAGCUGGAGAUUGACCCCGUCAUGCAAUCGCUGGGCUACUGCUGUGGCCGGAAGUAUACCUUCAAUCCGCAGGUGUUGUGUUGCUACGGCAAGCAGCUGUGUACCAUUCCGAGAGACGCAAAGUAUUACAGCUACCAAAACCGCUCUUUUGGGGCAUUGUCUACCAGAUACACGUACUGUCAGAAGUGCUUCAACGAGAUUCCAGGCGAUACGGUCACGCUUGGCGAUGAUCCGAUGCAGUCGCAAACCCAAAUCAAAAAGGACCAGUUCAAGGAAAUGAAGAACGACCACCUCGAGCUGGAACCGUUCGUCGAUUGUCUCGAUUGUGGCCGCAAGCAGCACCAGAUCUGUGUGCUGUACCUCGAAACGAUCUGGCCCGGUGGUUUCGUGUGCGAUGCCUGCAUGAAGAAGAAAACCCAAAAGCGCAAGGAUAACAAAUUCAACGCGAAACGGUUGCCCACGUCCAAGCUCGGCACGUACAUCGAGACGCGCGUGAACAACUUCCUGAAGAAGAAGGAAGCCGGUGCCGGCGAGGUGCACAUUCGCGUCGUGUCCAGCUCGGACAAAAUGGUGGAGGUCAAGCCGGGCAUGCGCAGCCGGUUCGUUGAGAAUGGCGAGAUGCUGCCAGAGUUCCCGUACCGUGCGAAGGCCCUGUUUGCGUUCGAGGAAGUUGAUGGCAUUGACGUGUGCUUCUUUGGCAUGCACGUGCAGGAGUACGGGUCGGAAUGUGCCGCACCGAACACGCGCCGGGUGUACAUUGCGUACCUCGAUUCGGUGCAUUUUUUCCGCCCUCGUCAGUACCGGACGGCGGUGUAUCACGAGAUUCUGCUUGGGUACAUGGAUUACGCUAAGCAGCUUGGUUACACGAUGGCGCAUAUCUGGGCUUGUCCGCCUUCGGAGGGUGACGAUUACAUCUUCCACUGUCACCCACCGGAACAGCGCAUUCCGAAGCCGAAGCGGCUGCAGGAGUGGUACAAGAAGAUGCUGGAUAAGGGCAUGGUUGAGCGCACGAUUCAGGAUUACAAGGACAUACUCAAGCAGGCCAUGGAGGACAAGCUGCAGUCGGCGUCCGAGCUGCCCUACUUCGAAGGGGACUUCUGGCCGAACGUCCUUGAGGAAAGCAUCAAGGAGCUCGAUCAGGAGGAGGAAGAGAAACGCAAGCAGGCAGAGCGCGAGGAGGCUGCUGCAAACGCGAUCAUGUCGAUGAACGACGACAGCGACACCGUGGCCGAUGGCAAAAAGAAGGGCCAAAAGAAGGCAAAGAAGUCCAACAAAUCAAAGGCCGCGCAGCGCAAAAGCAAUAAGAAAACGAACGAACAGAUUGGGAACGAUCUCAGUGCAAAGAUAUUUGCCACCAUGGAAAAGCACAAGGAGGUGUUUUUUGUCAUCCGUCUUCACUCGGCACAGUCUGCGGCGAGCCUAGCGCCCAUCCAAGAUCCCGACCCGCUCAUCAACUGCGAUCUGAUGGACGGACGAGAUGCUUUCCUCACGUUGGCGAGAGAUAAGCACUACGAGUUUUCGUCCCUACGCCGGGCGCAGUUCAGUACGCUCUGCAUGCUGUACGAGCUGCACAACCAGGGCCAGGACAAGUUCGUCUACACCUGCAACAACUGCAAGAACCACGUCGAGACGCGAUAUCACUGCACCGUUUGUGACGAUUUUGAUCUCUGUAUCACGUGUAAGGAGAAGGUGGGCCAUCAGCACAAGAUGGACAAGCUUGGUUUCGAUCUCGACGACGGUUCAUCACCGUCGGAUGUGAAGCAAACCAACCCGCAGGAAGCCCGCAAGCAGUCGAUCCAGCGCUGCAUCCAAUCGCUGGUGCACGCGUGCCAGUGUCGCGAUGCCAACUGCCGAUUGCCCUCAUGCCAGAAGAUGAAACGUGUCGUCCAGCACACCAAGCACUGCAAGCGAAAGACGCACGGUGGAUGCCCGAUUUGCAAGCAGCUUAUUGCGCUUUGCUGCUACCACGCCAAACACUGCCAGGAAGCGAAGUGUCUCGUACCAUUCUGUCCCAACAUCAAGCACAAGCUGAAGCAGCAACAGCUACAGCAGAGAUUGCAACAGCAGCAGCUACUCCGGCGCCGUAUGGCGGUGAUGAACACGACCCGUAUCGGUGCACCAACGCCGCAAAUUCCACAAAACAGCAACGGAGCCAGCAGCAGCAUGAGCAGUGCGGUUUGUUCUACCAACGUCAUCAGCGGGUGUUCGGUUGCACCGUCCGGACCGGCUAGUAACGCGACGAUGGCGAUCGGUGUUACGGCUGGUGUUGGAGGUGUUGUCUCUAACAUGGCGUGCGGUGGGCUCGGCAAUCCCAACGCAGGUGCUAUGAGCCCAUCAGGUGUUGGGAACACCGUAUCGAUGGGUGGUAUGGGCAGUCCGCAUCAUGCCGGUAUCGGUAUGAAGCCGGGAGGUCAAACACAAACACCACCCGCCAAUGUACUGCAGGUCGUGAAGCAGGUACAGGAAGAAGCCGCUCGCCAGCAAGCACCACACGUGGGCUACGGGAAGGUGAACCCGGUGAUGGUGCCACCGGUUAUGCAGCGUACGAUGCCGGGAGCUCACAUGAACACGGCCGUCGGUGUUAGCGUGUCUGGUGUGGGGGUUUUACCGAAUCCACAGCAGCAACCGAACACGGUCGGUGUGCCGAUGGGUCCAUCCGGUGGACCUGGCAUUGGACAAAACGUGAUGCAGAUGGAUCAGUGGAAUCCGCGGUAUCCCAACGGCGGUGGUCCUGGUAUGCGACCGACACUACCAGGGUUGAUGCAGCAGCCGCAACAACAACCACAAAACUCGCUGCAAUCGGGGCUCAUGAGCGGUGGUCUUGGAGGUGCACAGAUGAUGGGUGGCAUACGGCAGGGACCGGUCGCCAUGCAGGGUGGCAUGAUGGGUAAUGCGCAGCAAGCGGGUCAGCAGAAUCAACCCGGCCAGACGCAGAUGGCCACCCAACCGAAGCAGGCAAUCGCGCAGCUGAUGGCAACCCUCAAGAACCCGGCCGCCGGUCCGGAGCAGCAGCAACAGUUGCUGUCGAUUUUGAAGGCAAACCCUCAGCUUAUGGCAGCGUUCAUCAAGCAGCGGCAGCAGGCUCAACACCAACAGAAUCAAAACCAAGUUGGCAUGCCGCAACAGCAGCAGCAACAACAGCAGCAACAGCAGCAGCAGCAACAGCAGCAGCAACAACAGCAGCAACAACAGCAGCAACAGCAGCAGCAACAGCACAACGUUAUGCAUCCGGGAGGAUCACAGGUCCAACAGGUACAGACUGGCCAACCAGUGAUGGUGUACAAUCCCACCGGUGGUGGCCAAAUGCCAACGAAUCGAAUGCAAGGUGUGCAGGGAAUGCCCGGCGGUGGUAAACCGGGUAACAAUCCAUCCAUGCAACUUCCGCUCCAGCAACAGCUGUGGUACAAGCAGCAGCAACAGCAACAGCAGCAGCAACAACAGCAACAACUCAUGUUGCACCGGCAGCUAGCCAUGGCGGGUGGCAACAUCCCGCCGGCACCCCCCUACAACCAGCGCCCCCGGCCCCAGCAGCAGAUGGGCGGUGGCUAUGGCCAAGGUGGCAUGUUCCCAGACCAGCAGUACAUCCAGCAAACGAUGAAACCCAAUCCCCAGGCACCGGGUGGUGUCGGUGUGAAUGUGCUCUCGCAACAACUGCAGCAACAGCAGGGCCAAGGUCCCAACCAGGGCAUGAUGGGUCCACCGAACCCGCAGCUGGCCAUGCAGCAGCAGUUGAUGCAAUCGGUGCGAUCACCUCCUCCGAUUCGCAGCCCCCAGCCACAACCCUCACCGAGGGCGGCUCCGUCACCCCGCGCCCAACCCUCCGUAUCACCGCGGGCCCAACCAUCCCCGCACCACAUUCCGUCGCAUUCGCCCGUCCCGGUGCAACCGGGCGAGGUCGUCAUACAUAAUCACAUGCACUCGCACCAGCCCACCAACGUGGUGGGUAUGGUGGGCGGCGGUGUCGGUAUGCCGGGUGGCGGCAACGUCGUCGGGGUGGGUGUGGUGGGUGUUGGAGGGCCAGUUAACACGAUGGCCGUCGGUGGCGGUAUGGGUGGAGUCGCCGGGGUCGGUGGAGUGGUCGGUGUUGUGGGUGGUGUCAGUGGUAUGGGUGGCGUUGGGGCAGGCAACGUGGUGGGUAGUGGUGGCGGAGUGCAGCAGGACCUAGCGCAGGGCGUUGGCAUCAUUGGACCGGGUGGAAACAGUAAUGCCAACGAAACGUCCCUACCGGACCAGCUGAGCAAGUUUGUCGACCAGUUGUAG